AUGGCUUUGACGUCUCGAAUCUCCCUCCGGGGCAGCGAGCCCUCGGGCCCCGAAGACUUUCUCUCCUCGUCCUUGGGAGUCAUCUUCCCGGAUGACGUGACCAACCAGCACGGCGACGCCGAGCACAGCCUCAUCUACGCCUCGCCGCAUCUGCCGCAGCCGCUGCAUCUCGAGCUUGCGGAUCCCGAGGGCGAGACGGACCGGCGGCUCUUCAGCCAUUACCUCUGGAACGCGAGCCUGCUGCUGGCCGAGCUGAUGGAGAGGGACACGCUCGGCUUGCACGGCUCGGGCACGGGUGAUGGUGAUGCUCAUGCGCGAGGAGGUCGAGACGCCAGUUUCUGCGUGGCAGGCAAGUCGGUGCUGGAGCUGGGCGCCGGCACGGCUCUGCCAAGCAUCAUGGCGGGACUGCUGGGCGCGCAGCGCGUCGCCGUGACGGAUUACCCCGCCCCGGCUGUUUUGAAGACGCUCGAGGGAAACGUCGGGCGCAACGUCCGCGCCGACCGCUCCCCCGCCGGCUGCCACGCGACGCCGGCUUCAAGCGUCGUCGUCCAAGGCCACGCCUGGGGCGAGCUGACGGGCCCGCGCGAGAGCAUCUGCCAGUCGGGCCGGCACGCCUUUGACCGCGUCGUCGCUGCCGAUUGCCUGUGGAUGCCGUGGCAGCACCAGAACCUCCAGAGGUCCAUCAGCCACUUCCUCAAGAAGACGCCCUACGCGCGGUGCUGGGUCGUGGCUGGAUUCCACACCGGCAGGGACAAGAUGAAGGGCUUUUUCGACCCAGACGCACUGGGCAGCCAUGACCUCGCGGUGGACACGAUAUGGGAAAGGGACUGCAACGGUCAGGACAGGGAGUGGCUGUGGGACAGGGAGGAAGACGUCACGAACAAGAACAGGAACAAGAAGAAGAAGAAGAAGAAGAUGAUGACGACGACGACGACGACGACAACGACAACGACAGACAAGUAG